GUUCCGCGCGAACUUCCGUGACCACCUGACCCUGCGACCCGCUGUCCCCGGGCAGUCAUGGCGGCGGUCAGGGUUCUGCUGGCUCCCAGGCUAGCGGCGGCUUACGCAUUCGCGCCGUUUCACGCACCCACCGCGCGCGCGGCCCUCCACACCUCCGCGCCGCGGCCCGGGGCCAGGGUCGCGCUGGUGCUGUCUGGAUGCGGAGUCUACGACGGGACUGAGCUGCACGAGGCCUCAGCGGUACUGGUUCACCUGAGUCGCGGCGGCGCCGAGGUCCAGAUCUUCGCUCCUGACAUCCCUCAGAUGCACGUGAUUGACCACACCAAUGGGCAGCCUUGUGAGAGCGAGACCAGGAACGUCCUGACCGAGUCAGCGAGGAUCGCCCGUGGCAAGAUCAGCAACCUGGCCCAGCUCAGCGCGGCUCAUCACGAUGCUGCCAUCUUCCCCGGAGGCUUCGGAGCCGCCAAAAACCUGAGCACGUUCGCCGUGGAUGGGAAAGACUGCAAAGUCCACGCAGACGUGGAGCGCGUCCUCAAGGAGUUCCACAAGGCUGGCAAGCCCAUCGGCUUGUGCUGCAUCGCUCCCGUCCUCGCAGCCAAGGUGCUCCGCGGCGUCGAGGUCACCGUGGGCCACGAGCAGGAGGAAGGCGGCAGGUGGCCCUACGCGGGGACAGCAGAGGCCAUCAAAGCCCUGGGCGCCAAGCACUGUGUGAAGGCAGUGACCGAAGCUCACGUGGACCAGAAGAACAAGGUGGUCACAACCCCGGCUUUCAUGUGCGAGACGGCACUGCACCACAUCCACGACGGGAUCGGGGCCAUGGUGCAGAAGGUGCUGGAACUCUGUGGCAAGUGACAGCGCCGUGAGCCCCGCCGCCCCCAGCAGGUGGAGCUGGUGGCCUGUCCCCUGUGCUCCUUGCCUGGGGCAGGGCUUCCAGUCUGCUCUCAUCUGAAGGUGGUUUGUGUCUCCAGAGGAGUCCCCAGGGUCGCUUCAGUCUGCAGGGCGGAGGCAGGCGGGGCCCACACCGAACUGGCAGCUGGAGCCUGCUCUGUGCCUCGGGGCGGGAACGGCGAGAGUCCUCCUGUGACCAGAGAUUAAAACGGGACCUGCUCUUUCAGGAAGACAGUCGGGGAGCACAUCCCACACGCUUCACUUUGGCCGGCUGUAGGGCACUUGGUGUUUGGGGAGGAAGGAGUUCUAAGUUUAUGGGUCUGGUAGUUAGGCAGCCACGUUGCUGUGCUCCUUAGCAACGGAGAAUUCUCUCGUUUGGAGUGACACGCGCUGAAGGGACAAGGGGCUACCCCUGAGGCCAGCCAGAGCGACAGCUUUCCCGAAGGACGCCGUGGCGGCCGCGCGUCGGGCCUCCUGAAGCUGGCCCUCGGGAGCACAGACGAGGGCUCGAGCUUUCCAGAAAGGAAGGGAGGGUGUGGCAGCCCGUCCGUGUGGUCGGUCCGCUGGGCAUGACUGUCAGUUGGUCCCAGGCCAGGAGCACAGCCGGAGUGAGACGUCCAGAGCAGGGGCAAUAAAGCAUCUUGCAGCCGCACCAGCUGG